AUGUUGGAAAGUCUUCAGAAAGUGGAAAAGGCCCUUGAAUUUGAGGGUCUCCGGAUCAAUGAUCUAGAACAGAAGAACAAGGAGCUGAAAAGCAGACUAGGAAAGAUGGAGAAAGCUUAUAAUGAUCUGGAACAGAGAGUUAGUAAUCAAGAUCGUGAAGCCAACAAGGCUGAACGAUUCUCUCGGAGAAAUAAUCUGCGGAUCGUCGGGAUUGAGGAAUCAACAGGCGAUCAAACAGAGGAUUGUGUCGUGAAAGUGGAAGACAUCCUCAGUACGAAAUUUAACAUGAACAUCAAGGUUGAGCGUGCUCAUCGUGAUGGGAAGAAAGGAGAUAAGCCACGACACAUUUUGGUCAAGACAUUGUCAAUACGUGAGAAGGUCGACAUCAUGAAGAAGUCAAGGGAGGCCCUAAAUAAGGAGAAAUACUACAUUGUCGAUGAUCUGACGCUGGCAGACCUUACAGAAAAGAAGAAGUACAAAAAACAAGUACAAGAUCUGUUCAUGAAGGGAACUAAACUACGCUUUUAUGCAGGAGUUUGGAGGGGUGAUGGAGGUGUUCCUUAUUUCUCUGCUUAA